GCAUCCCCAACCCCGCCGCCGCCGCCGGAGAAGCUCGAAGCUGAGCCGCUAGGGUUUAUCGCCGCCGGCCAGAUCACACGCCUAGGGUUUUGCCGGCACCGUUUGCGCGAGAGAGGAGAGGAGGAGAGCGAGGAUGAUACGGCGGACCCAGCGGACGCGGCGGGAGUACCUGUACACCAAGAGCCUCGAGGGCGCCGACCGUGUGCAGUUCGAGAAGAAGCGCCGCAUCCGACAGGCGCUCGAGGAAGGCAAGCCCAUCCCCACCGAGCUCCGCAACGAGGAGCACGAGCUGCGGAGGCAGAUCGACCUCGAGGACCAGGAGCGUCAAGUUCCGAAGAGCAUCGUUGAUAAUGAGUACGCUACUGCCAACAUCCGGGAGCCGAAGAUAAUGUUAACCACGUCUCGCAAUCCCAGCUCGCCCCUGAUUCAGUUUGUCAAGGAGCUGAAGGUUGUCUUUCCCAACUCACAAAGAAUAAACCGUGGUGGUCAGGUUAUAUCAGAAAUUGUUGAGUCUUGCCGAUCACAUGAUAUUACUGAUCUUAUUUUGGUCCAUGAGCAUCGUGGUAAACCUGAUGGGUUGAUCGUCUCUCAUCUACCACAUGGUCCAACUGCUUACUUUGGAUUACUCAAUGUGGUGACUCGGCAUGACAUUAAGGACAGGAAGGCAAUGGGUAAAAUGUCAGAAGCUUACCCCCAUUUAGUACUGGACAACUUCUCAACCAAGAUUGGUGAAAGGACUGCUACUAUUCUGAAGCACCUCUUUCCUGUGCCAAAGCCAGAUUCAAAGCGAAUAAUUACUUUUGCUAAUAGAGAUGACUACAUUUCUUUCAGGCAUCAUGUCUACGAGAAACCAGGUGGUCCCAAAUCGAUCGACCUGAAGGAGGUUGGCCCCCGAUUUGAGCUGCGGCUGUACCAGAUCAAACUAGGUACUGUGGAACAAGAUGAAGCGCAGAGCGAGUUUGUGCUGCGGCCUUACAUCAACACUGCCAAGAAGCAAAAGACGCUUGGCUCGUGAAUUGAAUUGAGCGUGGUUUAGUUGAUAACCUGCACCGCACCUCAGUACAGCAAUUUUUUGUUUUUGGCCCUUCAACCUUUACUGUAAUAGUAACAUCAAUGCGUAGGAUCAUGUGUCCUGUGUUCUUCCCCCGAUUUGGGCCCCCAGCGACUAUAGCAUCCAGUGAAGUAUUCAAGAUGAGUUGUUGGGUGAGAUAAGUGAAAUUCCCUGGAAUCACUCGUAGUCGUUAUUAAUAGUUGGGCUUAUAAUCUCU